AUAGCGCCGGUUCCUUAGAAAAAAAAGCACCACGGAGCGCACAGCCGUCCCUCACCGCACUGCACUGCUAGAAAACCAUGUUCCCGAGAAGAGCGACUCCUGCGCGUUAACACUUGAGACAACACUUCCACUGCGGAUAAUUCCAGUUGAAAUCCCCGAGCAUCGCUGAGACUGGUCCCGUUUCAACUGUUUUCCCUCUCCAUUCUCUUUCCCUUCUUUCUCUGCGCUGGAUCGUUCGUGUGAGAAAAUGUGUGUGGAGAGCGAUGGAUGCGAGAUCGAAGGCUGCAGCAGUUUGGAUGAGGUGCGCACGCUGUCAGGCAGCAUGAGUCCCGCACUCAAAUCCAGCCCGGACCUUCACCCGUGCCAACCGGGGCACAAAUUCCGCGCCGCGCUGCUCAGAUGCCGCUCACCGGCCGCCGCCGCCGGGAUCCUCAGCUUCGGGAACGUCCUCAAUUACAUGGACAGAUACACUGUAGCCGGUGUUCUGCUCGACAUCCAGCGGCAUUACGGAGUAUCAGACAGUGGAAUUGGCUUGUUGCAAACAGUGUUCAUCUGCAGCUUCAUGGUGGCAGCACCCAUCUUUGGUUACCUGGGCGACCGCUUCAACAGAAAGGUCAUCCUGAGCUGUGGCAUUUUCUUCUGGUCCAUUGUUACUCUGUCAAGCUCCUUCAUCGGUAAAGAGUACUACUGGCUGUUUGUACUCUCCAGGGGCCUGGUGGGUAUCGGAGAGUCCAGCUACUCCUCCAUCUCCCCCACCAUCAUAGGAGACCUGUUCACUAAUAACAGCCGCACCAUGAUGCUCUCUGUCUUCUACCUGGCUAUCCCCCUGGGAAGUGGGUUGGGUUACAUCCUGGGCGCCAGCGCCAAGGUAGCUGCAGGAGACUGGCACUGGGCACUGAGGGUGUCCCCACUUUUAGGGAUCACCGCGGGGACCCUGAUCCUGCUCUUUGUCCCUGAGCCAAAGAGAGGCAUCGCCGACAAGAUGGGACGCAUCAGGACCCGCACCUCCUGGCUCUGUGACAUGAAGGCGCUUGCCAAGAAUCGGAGCUACGUGUUCUCCUCCCUGGCGUCCUCGGCGGUGUCUUUUGCCACCGGGGCGUUUGGCAUGUGGAUCCCUCUGUACCUGGCCAGAGCUCAGGUGGUGCAGAAGACGGCCGAGCCCUGCACCAAAGAUAUCUGCAGUAGCACAGACAGCCUUAUCUUUGGGGUGAUCACCUGUGUGACGGGUCUGUUAGGCGUGGUCAUCGGGGCCGCCACCACGCGCCUAUGCCGCCAGAAGACAGAGCGAGCCGACCCGCUGGUGUGCGCUGUCAGCAUGCUGGGCUCGGCUAUCUUCAUCUGCCUCAUCUUUGUGGUGGCCAAGAAGAGCAUCGUAGGAGCUUAUGUUUGCAUCUUUAUAGGCGAGACGCUGCUUUUCCUGAACUGGGCCAUAACAGCAGACAUUUUAAUGUUUGUCGUUCAUCCCACGCGGAGAGCAACGGCAGUCGCCUUUCAGAGCUUCACCUCUCAUCUCCUUGGUGAUGCAGGAAGUCCGUACCUGAUAGGCCUGAUCUCCGAUGCCCUUCAGCAGAGCUACGCAACCUCGGCGCUGUGGCGGUUCCUCAGUCUGGGCUAUGCCCUCAUGCUCUGUCCCUUCAUCAUCGUCCUCAUCACCGCUACAUGUCCUCCUCUUGGCUCCUGCUGCUCUUCCUUUCCACACGCUCAUGGAGGCUGCUCAGAACUGGAACGAGGGAGCGUCUUGCCCCUCCUUGAAACUCCUCCAAAUUACAGGUCGGUGAGAAAGCGCACAGCGGUGUGCAGAAGCUGGCCAGCUGACAGCUGGUGUCCUCCUCACCUCUGUCUGCAAGAAUCCACUGAACCUUCCAGGGAGCAGGUGGGGUGGCAAAAUCCCCCGUGACCCCUCUGACUCCUGAUGCCAUACUACUGAAUGCUGACCAUGAACCUGCCCUGUCUGUCUGCUUGUCUGUCCAACGGUCUGUCCCUAUGUGUCUGUCUGUAAGUUCCAUCAGCUGUCAAUCUGCACCAAGUGCCAUAGCGUCUUUACAUUCCUUCAGACUUUGCACUGACCACCAACAACACUCAUGACUUCAUCACUGACUAUGUUUACAUGCACACUAUAACUCAGCCGUUAGCUUUGAAAUGACUUUGAUGAAGCUGUUUGGAUUUGGUGGACAGUAGAAGCUGCGUCGACAUUUGUAAACUGCAGUCGUAAAGCUCCAUGGGUGUGUCUGUCGCUCCCAUUAAAACGGUCCCCAGUUCAUUCUGCCUGGCUUUCAACACUUGGAGCCUGUAACCCGACAGAGGAUGUAAAAUUCAAGUUAUGUGGAGCGAGUGAUGCAACUCGUUAAAAUUAGCUGCAAGAACAUCGUUCUGUGUAGUUCAUCCGUACAAACAAGCCUCCAGCGACAAGCCUCAUAUCAGGUUACGCUGCACAUCUUCAUGGCAGUACUACCAUGAACUUCAAACAUGAAUACAGUGUUUACAUGAUGGAUGCAGUAUUCUCGUAAUCGAUCGAUGUUUAGCUGUGCAUGUAAACAUAGCCAUCAAACCAAGAGCCAAAAAACUGUUACUUUCUAAAGAUCAGUGAAUCAGCCUUAAAAAUUGGAGCUUUUCACAUCAACAGCUGCUUCUUUUGACCCCCACGUGUGUUUUUUUAUUUUUGGCUUUUAGCACUUACAUCAGCAUUGACAGUGCCAGCGAACAGGACAGAGAUGAGAGAUUUCUGCACAUUAUUUUCCACAAGAUUUCUUGUGAUUUCUUUUUUCUGUGUUGGAUUUGAAACUGGAGGUCAUACUGCCUAUGAUUGUUUCAGAAGGACAAUGAUGCAAUCUGAUUUAAAGCGGACACUGGACAAUAUAUUUUAUAAUUUAUAAUGUACAUGCUUUUUCCAAAAGUAAAUGAAAUGCUACUUUUUUUUACUUUUAAGGAGUAACACCUGUGUUUUUGUGUACACAAGAAGCAAUACAAACAUUUUUUGGAGGAAACCAACCUUUUAAUCCACACUGCCUUAUCAGUGAGCCAGGUUUCUCUUUAAAGGGGGAUUUAGCUCUCUGAUGGUUGGUUUUGAAUUUCCGAGCACAUCACCCACACAGAGACAGAGUCCAUUUUAAUGAUGGAUUCCAGUCCUGUCCCCUCUGGUUACAAUACCAGGCAUUGUGAAAAGAGACCUUUCCCCCUCGCAAUUGUAGAUAUCCCAUUCCACCGUUAGAAGAAAGGACCUUUGAGGAGAGCUGGAGUCUCGAUCAUCAGUUUAUUACUGAGGGAAAUCAAAAUCCCAGACAGGAACAGGUAAUCCGUCCGCCCCUUGUUAGACUGAUGGCGAGUUCUUAUAUCAUUGAAAACAGAUAAGAGAGGAAUCCCCCUUUGAAUCCAGACCAGAAUUUCCUCAGAUGUCACAGAAGGAGUCCCCUUCCGUACCUGUACCAGAGACACAGAGAUUUAAAUAUGUAAUAGAAGUGCAAGGAAUUACUCUACGCUUUAAUUACAGUAAGUGCAUUGUAUUUGUAAUUAGUAGUAAUUAAUGCAAAAUCCCACAAAGAAGAAAAUAAGUCGGCUAUAGCUAGUUGCUUGUGUAUACAGAAAUUUAGACAAAAGCUUCAUUAGAAGCUCCCCUG